AUGGUUGAUUCUCAAGCGGAAACUCGACAGGAACAACAACCAAAAACUGUCACAUCUUCUUCUAACAAUAAAUGUCGUUCAUUAUUACAUUUAAAUAAUUCCAAAUAUCGCGAUUUCAGUAAAGGAUAUGAAAAUGAUGAAGAUUCAUUUCCGAUUGAUUUUAUCAUUCCACGACUUCAACAACAACAACAACAAACUAUAAAUAUAGUAACUAUUGAUGCUCUGCUCAACUUACCUAGUAAACAAAAUAUAACUACAUUCCAUAAAACGUUGGCUGGUACCGAUAUAUCAUCGUUACAUUGUAAAAGUGCAGCAGAAUUCGGUCGAUUUUGUGACAGAAUGGGUAUCGAUAAAUCUCCAUUGUACAAAGUAACUACAUCGGUGGGCGAUACAAAAUUUGAAAGCAUUAGCGUGUUAUCACUCGAUCGGCGAACACUCACUGAUCAAUCUAAUGACAGUGAUUUAGAAGAAGGAACAACGCCUACACAGCAGUUGCAGUCGACAGUGGAACGAAAUGCUAAAGUUAUCAAGUGGUUAUCCAAUAUCAAAAAAGCAAAUUAG